GUCACCGGUGAAGCGGCUGAGGAUUGAGUCUGACGAGAAUCAUGAGGCCGCUGACAGCCCCAGCCAGGCAGAGCGAAUUGAUCGACCUGAACGAGCAUCCCCUAAACGCAAUAGCCUGAUGUCUGCGAAGAGUGCCAACUCCGCGAAGUCGAAGGCCACAAUUGCCUCCGUGGCAAGUGCACUCAGCAGUAUGACCAGUUUGGCUGAAGCAGGAAUGGCUUUUGAGCACCACUUUUCCGUAAAUGCCUCGCUGCGGCCAAAGAUCGCCACGAUUGGAGGACAGAAGAGGAAGUCGAAAAAAAUGGCAUGGAUUGGAGAAGGGCGAGAAAGUGCUGCGAGUGUCGCAACGACCAAUACAGUGCAAACCACCACGGAUGGCAUUUCCUGGUGGGUUCCACGAGGCUACCGCCUGCCAUCCUUGCUGAUUUCAAUGGCAUAUUUUUGCAGCCACUGCAGCUACAUGAUGGUAUCCUCCAUGUAUGCACUCUACUACCGUGAGCAGCACGG